AUGAUCACAAAAGAUAGAUGGUCACAAUAUAAAGAAGCGCAAAAGAAAUAUCCAAACUAUAUUAUUAUGGCAAGAUCACAUGUUUCAGGACAAAUAUUUUGGGAAUUACAGAAACCAGAACUCAUAGAACACCCAGGAUCAUUUAUUAAAGGGACUCAUGAUCCAGAAGAAUUUCAAGAACACUUAAAGAAAUAUAAGAAGUAUGAAAAACAAUCAGGAAAAUAUUAUGAAGAAACUAAAAUUCUUGAAUACUCAUGGUACAAAGAAUUUGAAUAUACUUUCAAAAGACAUUAUCAUCAAACCGAUACUGUAAUGGCUCCACGUAGGGUUAAUUUUGAAUUAUCCGCUGGAACUUAUGAAAUAGUAUCUAGUAUUGAUCAAUAUAAAGAGAAUCUUAGUGAUGAUGCAAAUAUUGAUUCGGAUGAUGAGGAAGAAAA